UUUCUUUUGAGUUUAGUUUGCAUCGUUCGUUCGUCGUGAAUGGUUCUGGAAUUUGCUAGGACAGUUUUUUGUUUCGUUUCACGUUAAUAUUCCAUUGAUGCUUUGUGCCUUGUUGUGCUAGUGUAUUUGUUCAGUAACAAAAAAAAAAUUGCGAAAACGGAAAACCUGAUUCCUUUCUUCUCUGUCGCCCGAGACUGUCAGUUUUGUUAUUCAGUGCAGCUCCUUUAGUCCAGAUUGUCUAAUCCUGAGGGCGGUACAGCUGUGACGCGAGAAAAAAAUCCAUAAAAGACCAUUCAUCUGGAAGUUGCCAGAGAGGGGCGCUAGAAAAAGUAUCGCCCAGCUGAAGCAAGCAACAACGACGAUCACAAACAACCUGAACCAGUAGUACAAAAAAACGAAACACAAACAUUCAAAAUGCCUGUGUUUCACACAAAAACGAUCGAGAACAUCUUGGAGCCCGUUGCACAACAGGUUUCCCGGUUGGUAAUACUGCACGAAGAGGCCGAAGAUGGCAAUGCAAUGCCCGAUCUCAGCCGGCCGGUACAGGCGGUGUCGCUGGCUGUCACCAACCUGGUCCGUGUGGGCCGGGAAACGAUUCACAACUCGGACGACGAAAUUCUGAAGCAGGAUAUGCCCGCCUCACUGUCCCGUGUCGAGAACGCUUCACAACUGCUGGAGGAAGCGUCGGCCAUGUUGAGGGGCGAUCCCUUUAGUGGACCGGCGCGAAAAAAAUUAAUCGAAGGUUCAAGAGGGAUCCUGCAAGGCACAUCGUCACUGCUGCUGUGUUUCGACGAAUCGGAGGUGCGGAAGAUCAUCCGAGAGUGCAAACGUGUGCUGGAUUAUUUGGCAGUGUCGGAGGUGAUUGACACAAUGGAAGAUUUGGUACAGUUUUUGAAGGAUUUGAGUCCGUGUCUAAGCAAGGUGUCGCGGGAGGUCGAUGCCAGGGAGAAAGAGUUAACACAUCAAGUUCACAGUGAAAUUCUUGUGCGCUGCUUGGAGCAGGUGAAAAUUUUGGCACCUAUUUUGAUUUGCAGCAUGAAGGUGUUUAUUUUGAUUGCCGAGCAGAGCGGAAAAGGAUCGGACGAAGCGGCCGAGAAUAGAAACUAUUUGGCUUCCAGAAUGAGUGAGGAGAUACAGGAGAUUAUUCGCGUUUUGCAGCUGACGACUUACGAUGAGGAUCAAAGUGAACUAGACAAUCUAACGGUGCUGAAGAAGAUUCACAAUGCCAUUAAUAAUAAGAUGGAAGCGGCGAAUGAUUGGUUGCGAAAUCCUUACGCACUGCGAGGUGGAGUCGGAGAGAAAGCGCUCCGACAGAUUGUGGGUAAUGGGCUGAAGGUAGCCGACCGCUGUCUUCCUCAGGAUUCUCACAUUAUCCGGAGAUUGGCCGGUGAUAUCACCGCAAUGACAAACACGUUGUGCGAUUUGAGACAGGAUGGCAAAGGAACGACUCCCCAGGCAGAUUCGAUUGCUCGUGACAUUCGAGAUAAAUUGGGCAACUUGGAACAGUCUGUUCUGAAUGCCAUAAUGGGUGUUGAUAAGGCUGGUCUUCAGCAGACAGCUCACACAGUGCAGGGACGCUUAGAACAGGCAUGUCGCUGGUUGCAGAACCCCAGCCAGGAUGAUCGUGGCCUUGGGCAGCGUGCCAUAGCACUUAUUGUCGAUGAAGGUCGUAAAGUGGCUGAAGGUCUUAGUGGCCAUCAGAAGGCAGAAGUUAUGCAGCUGUGUGAUGAGGUAGAGCAAUUAUCUCAUGACUUCUCGCAACUGUGCUCGAAUGGCCUCGGACAUACUGCACAAGCGCAGGACGUGGCUCGGCGUCUGAAUGAGAAGUUGCAUGGAUUGAAGAAACAAAUUCAAGAUGCGGUGGUCAAUCGCGUUGUGGAAGACUUCAUCGAUAUAUCGUCGCCUCUGAAGCAGUUCAUGGAGGCGGUCGCACUUCCAGAAGGAACGCCAGGUCGUGAGCAAAAUUUCAAUCAAAAGUCCAAUAAAUUGCAAACUUUCAGCGAUCGUGCAUCCAAGACGAGCCGUAUGGUGGCAGCCGGAGGCUCCGGCGGCAACAAAAAGCUUGCUGAAGUUUUGCUCUCGUCGGCUUCUCAAAUCGACAGUAUGACUCCACAGCUUAUUUCUGCUGGACGUAUUCGCAUGAAUUAUCCAACUAGCAAAGCGGCCGAAGAACAUUUGAACAAUCUAAAGCAGCAAUACGCUGAUACAAUCCUUCGUAUGCGUACACUUUGUGAUCAAGCAACGGAUCCGUCUGAUUUCAUCGAAGCCUCCGAGAAGCAAAUGCAGAAGCAUUCGUUCCUCUGCGAUGAGGCCAUUCGAAUGAGGCAGCCUCAGAAGAUGGUGGACAACACGUCCAGUGAAGCUCGGCUGGCAAAUCGGGUUUUGCUAGUGGCCAAACAGGAAGCAGAUAAUUCCGAAGAUCCGGAAUUCAUUGCCAAGGUUAACGACGCAUCCGAUCGUCUUCAGCAGUCGAUUUCGCCAAUGGUUCAGGAAGCGAAAAAUGUUUCCACCAAUAUUUCCGAUCCAAUCCAUGCAUCAAAUUGGCGGGAAGCCAAUAAACAGCUGCUGCAAAAUGUGCGUAACAUUCGUAGUGCCAUUAACAACGUUCCGGAUGUACCGGAGAUGCCAGAUCUGUCAGCAUUGCAUGUAAGCCAACAACAUCAGGAGGCGGCUCCACCACGUCCUCCACUACCGCGGGAGAAUAUUCCGCCGGUACGUCCUCCACCACCAGAGACCGACGACGAGGAUGAACUCUUCCAGGGUAUGCCGAAUGCUAAUCAGCCAAUUUUGAUGGCGGCUCAUGGGUUGCACCAAGAAGUACGCCAGUGGUCUUCGAAGGACAACGAAAUCAUAGCGGCAGCCAAGCGAAUGGCCGUUCUUAUGGCCCGUCUCUCCGAGCUAGUUCGCGCCGACUCAAAGGGCAGCAAGCGCGAGCUAAUUGCGACGGCUAAAAAGAUUGCUGAGGCAUCGGAGGAUGUGACUCGGUUGGCGAAGAUAUUAGCCCGUCAAUGUACAGACAAGCGCAUCCGAACGAAUUUGUUGCAAGUGUGCGAGCGGAUACCUACCAUCGGAACGCAGCUGAAAAUCUUGUCCACCGUCAAAGCUACGAUGCUGGGAGCGCAGGGAUCCGACGAAGACCGGGAGGCAACCGAUAUGUUGGUCGGAAAUGCGCAGAACCUGAUGCAGAGCGUUAAGGAAACGGUGCGUGCUGCCGAGGGUGCCAGCAUUAAGAUUCGUUCUGAUCAGACAAAUCACCGCUUGCGCUGGGUACGCCGGCAGCCUUGGUACCAGUACUAAGCUAAUGGAAAAGCAGCCGCACUUUUUUGCGAUGGUCUACAAGGAUCACGGUUAGUUUCGAAGAUACCUAAUACACGACGCAUAGUUACAAACCGACUAGAAUCCGUCUGCUUGAAGAUGGAUCGAAGAACUAACCAAUUUAUAGUACCAGAGAGCCUUGCACCUGUGUAAAAAAACUGCCUAAUGAAAGGUACCUCAAACCGUGUUAAAAAGGUAUGGCAAUCUAGUACAACAGUACUCAUAUUUUUAUGCUAGUUAGAAUAGUUUGUAAGGAUGUUAUCGUAUGGCGAUGUUUUUCUCGAUAUUUAUUAACUAAAUAUGUUACUACUCAACUGUAUCGAAUUUUUUCAACGAUUGAGAAAAAAAAUUGUUUAAAUUUUAGUUUUAUUAACAAAAAAUUCUACAGUGAAAAAAAAAACUGCGAGUGUCUCUUAGUCAGUCAGGUAAUGGAAUUUUUAUAAGCAUGAAUAACGAAAUUACUUAGGGAGAAAUAGUAUUUCUGAUAUCGGAAUUCAACGCACGAGCGGUUAAAGUGGGAAGCGAGAAAAUUGUUGCCAAAAAUUAAUGCAUUAACAAAUUCAGGCCAGGUGGAUUGAACAAAAACUUGCUGUUUGUGUUUCGUUGGAUUAUGAGAAAAAAAUGUAUGCAAACAUGCUGAUAGUAACAAAGUCCAAGCGACAUUAUUUUAGCAGAGUAUAUUUAUAUCGAUGUUUUAAAAAUGCAGUCUAAUAUCUGGAUGGCAAGUAAUAAAUAGAGCCUAAUUAUGUGACAUAAGAACAACGCUAAUUGUGCUAAUACAUGCGCUGGAACAGUUUUAAGAAACGUUUAUGUUAAUCAUUAGCACAAGAUAUGUUUUCUUCCAACAAAGCAAGUUUACUUACACUUACAGUCGAGUUUGUAUUUCAUUUAACAGAUACGGUUUUAACUAGGUGCAAUAUCUUACCUUUACUCAAACGAAAUUGCAUGUCAGAUGAUAGUAUUCCUAGUAAAAAGUUACAAUAAUAACUUACUGACACAGUGUUGUCUUUAAUGAACGAAGUUACAAAUAAGAAUGCAACAUUACUAAUACUAGUAACAAAAACUGAUAGAUUAGAAAGGAUAUGCGUUUGUUUCAACUAUUUGUAUUGGCAAUUAUUCCGGUUUUCACUGUACGUCAAUUGAUUAGUUUCUGUCCUCACUUGACGUGAAGUGGACACGUGGAGUAAUCCUGUAUUUAUUCGUCCGGCACAAAAACUACGAACCGGUUAUAGUAAAUUCGAAUGAAUUAAAUUGGUACCUCACAGAACAAACUCGAGCAGCUAAUAACAAUUUCUAUGUGAUUUCUAUAUUUUUCCUUUCCAUUAUACAUACACUAAAAUCAAAUAUAUACAACAAUCAAUCAGAAGACGAGCGUGUUGUAAUAACAAGUGCCUAUUUCUAUUUAUUUUUUUUUAUUGUGACAGUUUUUUCUUUUGUUUUUAGUUGAGAAUUUUCCAUUAGCAUCGGUUUGAUUCGUAGUUGAAAUUGAAAAAAUAUUUUUUUGCAAUUUUUUUAACAAUAACUUUGUUUAAAACAUAGUUCAAACCCUGUAAUACGGAAGCGCUACUGUUUCUUAUUGAAUAGAUUAAAAACUCACUGAAAAACGUCGAGGUUUUAUUGAAUGAAGAAUCAUCUCUCAUGUUUAGUUCAACAAUCCUUAGUCGCUGGGUUUCUACCUAUUGUUUAAUCAGACUACAACCACAAUCGCUAGGAUGGAAUGCGUUCUAAAUGUGAUAGGGAAUUUAGAAAGGCUACACGUUUUUAACUAGUUAUAGCUGAACAAUUAUUUAAUGAAUCCUCAACAAACAUAAAAUAUGACUAGCAAGGCUGUCAUUCUUCCGGAGGCGUAGUGAAAAUAACUGAGACUGACAAUUUGCAUCGAAACCGAAAAUAUACUUAGAGGCUAGAAUUAAUACUUAAAUUAUGAAACUAGUAUUGCGUUCAGCUAAAAUCACUUUCGGGUACAGCCGAACCACGCCAACGUCAGACGGAAUAAAUCGGCUAGUACGCGGCAGAACACUAUCGUAUUAAAUCCGUGAAACAAUAUAAGCCGCUGAACGUGAUACAAAAUAAGACCGGUUUCGGCCGCUGAAACUCGCACCUUUGGUGGUAGUCUUAGCCAGUUGAUCAACCGGAUGGUGUAGUGAAUGGUGAGGGUUUUCAGCUGCGUGCGUGCGUUUCGAUUGUUGAUUAGAGCGUCUCGGGUGAAGAGCAAAGCCAAUCCGGUGGCUGCCGUAGUGGAUAACUUUAGUGCGAGUUUUAUCAGUAGCUGCUGUUCACCGUGGUAGGACAUGUUGCCAUCGAAGGACUGUUGGACACUGUUUGUGCCCUAGUGUAGUGUACGGUCACGCUGGUCGUGGGUGGGCUUAGCAUAUCGCUUCGGACGCUAAGCGCGCGUGACUUCUGCGGGUGAAUAGAUUAGAUACAGUGUGAUACCUAUAUUUUUGUAUCGUGGUAGAUAUUUAAAUGGUUUAUCGGAAAUUCUUACAAUCGUAGUAUUGUGUUAGUACAUUCAUGACUGAACAGGUCGACAUAUCUUCGACUGCGAUUGUGGUGGACAAACAUUCUAGAUUCAAUACUGAGCUUGGUUUAAGUAAACUUACGAGAUUAGUUGAAUGAUAAAUUUUAUAUCUUUG